AAAUGUUAUUGUGUAAUAAAGAAUUUGAUGAUGAAUUUGAGGAAUUUUGCAAAGCUGAUAAUCCUAUAUUGUACGAAUUUUCUCAGCUUUAUAAUUUUGUUAAAACACACAUAUAUUUUAUUAUUAUUCAUCGACAACAGGUCGAGGGACUUUUUAACAAAUUAGACCUGAAAACUCAUGCAAACAUGUCAUUAUCUCUUAAACAAUCAAAACUUCGAUUAGCUUCAAGUAAGAUUGAAAAAGAGAAAUUGAUGGAGGGUCUUGAAAAAAUACGGGCUUAA